GUUCUUACUGAAGCCUGUAACCUGAUGUCAGCAGAUUUACUCUUAAAACGUUUACUUCAUUCAGAAAUUCACCUUAUAGCUAAGCGAGCUAAGAGAUAGUUCCACUAGUCUUUGUGAAGGUUAACUUUCAGACGACUGUCCAGAAAUGUUGCUGUCUUCACUAAAGGACUGCUUUCCUGGGUCAAAAGAGCUGGAAAAAUAAUAUUCAAUAAUAACAAAUCUUCAAUAACUAUACUGGUAUGAAAAUAAAGGAAUGUAUUUUCUUCAAGGAAGAUGGAAUGAACUCACUUGAUGGAUAUCUGUUUGGAACAGCAGACUUGUGUUUUUUCUAUUUUUAUGAAUAUAGUGUACAUGCCAGAAGCAACAGCAGAAGAACACUCUCCAAAAGAAUGCAAUCACUCAGGAUGUGAAACUAAACACUUAAAUGUGCAGAAAUGUUUUACUGUUGUAAGUAGUAACAAAACACAGAACUUAACUUUGAAGCAAUUUCCAGCUGCUCUUGUGAAAUCUGUUUGACAAUAAACAAGUUGUGCCAGAAACAAGAGGAUAAUGACCUGGCUACUUGUGGUCACUCUCCUAGCAACUGACUUUAUAUGGUUUACUUUGUGUUUGCCAUCUCAGAAAUGCAUCACCUACAAUGCCUCCCUGUACAAGUACACCAAGCAGAAGCUGCCAGUUUCAUCCCCGCUACCAGAAGACAGUGUGUUUGCCAUAUGUGAUGCAGAUGCAGAUUAUGAGCAUGAAUUUAAAGAACGUUUGACUGUGGUACAGGGGUUAUGGUCCACAAUAAAUACAGUAAAGCCAAGCCAUUUCGCAAAACUUUCUCAUCUUAAAUUUCUACACUUGAAUGUCAGUAACAAUUUCAGCAUAUCACAUGAGGCUUUUUGGGGACUGGAUAAACUGGAAACAUUAUUUCUAGUGCUUAAUUGGAAGGUUAAGAAUAAUACUCCUGAAAAUAUUGCAUUUGCUGGGCUUUAUAACCUGGAGAACUUAGUUAUUUAUGGUACUCAGCCUUUUAUAUACAACUCCUUAUCAUCUCCUAGUUUCCUAUGGAAAGGACCAGCACUUUCAGAAAUGGAUGCAUUAGACAUGUGUAAGAUAUUUUGCAGUAUAAGGAAUUUAGUUAAAAUAAGACACCUAGAACUGGGAAACUCAACCAUUGUUUUGAAAAAGAACUGCUCGGUCAUGCAGGAUGCAGUAUCUGAUGACAGUGAAUGCAGAAGUCAGCUGAAUAUAACCCAGUUCACCUUCAUAGGAAUCUACUUUUUCAAGGUAGAAGCAGAUUCUUUGAGGAAUUUCCAGCAUCUUGAGUCAUUCAAUGUCAGUUUCUCUAACAUUGACAUCAGUCAGCUGCUGGAUUCUGGCAUACAAACAAUCAACAACCUCUCCAUUUCUUACCUAAGUAACAGGCACACAGACUUUAUGAAGAGAGUUUGUCACGCAUCACAAAAAUUUCAAGUCAAGCACCUAACAAUAAAGGGUGACCAUAUCCAUAAUUUAACUAUGAAGGAUAUACAGAAAUGUCAGUUUCUUGAAAGCCUAGAUCUUGCAGAAAAUAUCCUAACACACAUAAAAUCAUUUAUCAUCUCUACAUUGCAGAGGCUUAUGGUUCUAAGUCUCAGAGACAAUCGGUUAAGAUUUGUUCAAUUGUGCCACAAUUCCACAGUUUUCAGUAGCCCAUUGAUGUACCUUGACCUUUCCAAGAAUGCAAUAAGGUCUAUAGCACAGAGGCAAUUUUCAUGUAUAACUGGGCUGCAGUACCUUAACCUAGCUGGGAACCGACUCCGGAGCAUAGGAAAGCUUUCUUUUUGUGAGCUAGAAAGGCUGAAGGAACUGAAUUUGAGCAAUAACAAGCUUGUUACUCUGGAAGACCAUGCAUUUGAACAUUUGCAUAGCUUAUCGUUGCUGAAUAUAAGGGAAAAUUACAUUGACCAUAUUAGUGAUGGGGCUUUCAGAAGCCAAUCUAAGCUGCAGGAAUUAUACCUUGGUCCUCUACAGGACAAUUUCUAUUUGGAUAUAUCUGAAUUUCAAGAUAACCUGACAGUUUUAUCACUAGAAGGAACACAGAAGAAGACAAUUACAGUAGUAGGUACAAACACCACCAGCAAAGGCACUCCUCUGCAUACGCUAAAGCUCUUUGGGGUCUCAUUUGAUAUUUAUGGCUGCCAUCGUCCUCCAUUUGUAACUCUGAAAGAAAUUCACAUUAGUAGAAUGCAACAGCUUAAAUGUGAUGGCCAUGAUAUUGACUUUAGGACCUUUAAACAUCUAGAGCAGCUGUAUUUCCAUGUGAUGGGAAAAAAGAACACCAAGACAAUCAAUGUAUCUGGACUAAAUAAACUGAAAGUUUUGUAUCUUAAAGAUAUUUUCUUUGUUAGCCAACAUAUGGAGAAUUCAGAUCUUAUGUUCCAGGGCCUCAUUAAUCUAGAAGUCUUAACACUAGUCAAUUCUGGGUUUUUGUACUUUACACCUGUUAUGUUUAAGGAUUUGAUAUCACUGAAACUCUUGGCACUGAAAGAUCAGAGGAUUACAACUUUGGCAUUUGGUACAUUUGAUCACUGCCCCCAGCUAUCAUACAUUUUCUUUUUUAAAAUCAUAUUUCAGUGUGACUGCCAGAAUGCAUGGCUAGGUCAGUGGGCUGCAACUAAACGUGGCAUUACCUUAAAACUGGACAAUGAAGUAUGCGCAGCAAUGUAUCACAAGACCAAUUUGGUAAACUUUCUGGAUAAAACCUGUGAAGCUCCAAUAGAGUUCAUUUUUUUCCUCGGGACUACUGGAUUUCUCGUACUGUUUGUGACAUUCACUUUGCUAUAUGUCAAAACUGGCUGGUAUAUUGUUUAUUUAAUUUAUAUUAUUAGAGCUAAGCUUUCAGUGUUCAUGGGGGUAAGACCCAAGAAAAUGCAAUGCAAGUAUGAUGUGUUUGUAUCUUGCAGCAAUAAAGAUGAGUUCUGGGUUAUCCAUGAGCUCCUUCCGAACCUGGAGGGAAAGGGACCACCUUUCCUCAAAGUCUGCCUCCAUAACAGGGACUUUGAGUUGGGGAAGGGCAUCAUAGAUAACAUUGUGGACAGUAUCUACAGUUGCAGGAAAACAAUUUGCGUGAUCACCCGGCAUUAUCUACGGAGUGAAUGGUGCUCCCUGGAGAUGAGAAUGGCUACUUACAGACUUCUAACUGAGAGUCAAGACUUUCUCGUUCUGUUGUUCUUAGAGAAAAUCUCCCCUUAUGAGAUUUCAGGCUUUCACAGGCUGGCAAGAGUGUUUAAACGGAACAGGUAUCUUGACUGGCCAGAGGAGAGGAAGAAUCAGUUAAUCUUCUGGGAAAGACUGAAAAGGACUAUUCAGAAAACUGGCAAUGCAAGUGAGGAGACAAAGAUUUAAUGUGUAGCAAAAUAAUACAGUGACUGUUAUGAAAUGAUAUGUAAGAAACAAUGCCAGUAACCCAGAGUUGCAGUAUCUGUGUACAGAACUGACGACUUCGAUUCAUCACUAAGGUUGAAUGCAAGGAGAUGGACUGAAUCUCUUUUCAGGACAGUGGUCCAUUUUCUGGGAAUGGUAGAUUUUUUUUUUUAUCCAGUUCUGAGUGACAGUUGAUAGAGGUAUGCAAAGCAAAACAGUCUUGCUGUGGAUCGGCAUGAGGAGGUAACAGAAAAUAUGAGGGUGAAGAUGAAAAUAUAUCUGACAUCAUCACAUACCAGACUGUUAUGGACUUGGUGACAAAAUUGGUGGGUGUAUUUCUGUGUUACUAAUUGUCAUGCACCCCUUUUCUAGAAUUCCCAUUCAUGUGUAACACCAUCUCUUUGACACCCAUUUAAUCUUGUAACCACUGAUUAGUGGCUCAAGACUAAAAUAUUACUGCUUACCCACUAUUUUACAUGGUCAGCUGUUAGCAUCCCACAUUUGGAACAGGUAAGUUAGGUCAGUAAGUUCAGUGUUAGCUGCUGGAGGAACAGUGGUAUGGGUGAACAGACCAAUCAGACCGAAAGCCUGGAUACAUAUACAUGUAUGCCUUGUUAGUUUUUGGCACUUAGCUUAAUAUCAGGCUCAGACAGGAGGAUUCAGGAUAUUUAUGAUGGCAACUGAACUCAUAAUUCUAGUCAAAAGAAUAUGUUUUGUUUGCAUUGUAAUAUACAUGCUGUCCCUUAAUGACAACAGAAUAAUGAAAGUGGUUUUAAAACACUGAAACAUAUUUAUAAACUAACAUCCAUGUGAGUAAGCAUAUUAAAAGCUCAUAUAAAGCAAAAGGAAUGCAGCUUCUGAGUAAUUUAAUUCAGAUCCUCGGAGAAAGGUGUACAAUAUUCUUAAAAUGUCUGGUUACCCUAAAUGGGGGUGAAUGAUAGUUAGAAAUAAUGAGACAAUAUUGUUUUUAGCAUGAUGUAUACACUUGAGCAAAUGUUACAGUAAUAAUUUUAUUAAUUUUCACUUGUUUUAAUGAAAAUUGUUGAAAAGAAGUUAAUGCUGCAUACUUGUGAAAAAAUGGGGAAGAGGGGUUGUGAAUGCAUGGAUACUUAGCAGCAGAAAUUCUACUAGUAGAGAAAAAAGGAUGUAACAACACAGAGUGCUGGUCAGAUUAUUUCAUGGCACACAUAUCUACUUUAGUCCCUGGAGCAUCUACUAGCAUACAUGUUCUUUUGUCAUUGUCACAGUAUCAGUUGAAGCCCUUUUUGUUAGACGCAGUGGAUAGUGUCUUGUUAGGGUACUAGAUAAACUGGUGCAUGGUGGUAUUCUCCUACUCAAAGGUCAUAGUGCACCACAUUUUAACCAUAGCCAUUAACACAGAAUAAUGUGUAUGUGUAUAUGUGACUGCACACAUUCACAAAAUAUUGACUUCUAGCUAUACAUAUGCCAGAAGAACUUCACUGCUUUCCCUCAUACAAGUAUCUGUGACAUUCUGACAGAAAUAUGUUAAUUCACCCCUCCCCAAGUGAAGCUAGCAAUCUGUGUCACCCUGAAACAUUUCUACCACUAGGUAAAUUGUCUCGGAUUACAGCUCAUUUCAUCUCUGUUAGUAUGCUGUUCUGUCUGAAGGGUCAGAACUUAUAGGCUAGGCUGCAUUGGUGUGCAUGACCUUUCCUCCAUGCUACUUAUCACAGGUGAAUGCAUCACACAUUAGUGUGUGUGUGACCUUCCCUCCAUGCCACUUAUCAUAGGUGAACACAUCACAUGCAUUCCUAUUACUGCAAAUUGCAGUACCAUCAUCUUAGGUCAUUUACUCUGCAAAUGGAAGGCACUGGGGGUAAUGGUGACAGCAGGGAGAAAACUGCAGGACUGACAGUAUGCAUGAUAGAUUAUAUGUGAAGUAAGGAAUAAACACUGAAAUAUCACUGGAUGACUGG